AUGGCUUCUUUUCCUUCUUACAAAGCUCUCUUAACUUGCGCGGUCCUCCUCGUCCUCCUAAGUAGCUCGUGCGCUAAUCUUUAUGGUCCAAAUUAUUACUCGACAGCUUGCCCCAAACUUUAUUAUGCCGUGAGAAAUGCCGUGUCUCGUGCGAUUGAGAACGAGCCUCGGAUGGGAGCCUCUCUCCUUCGCAUGCAUUUCCACGAUUGUUUCAUUAAUGGAUGUGAUGGGUCGAUUUUGCUAGACGAUACACCGACUCUCAAGGGAGAGAAGACUGCGGGCCCCAACCAUAACUCCCUCAGAGGAUAUGAUGUCAUUGACCACAUCAAGGAGGCUGUGGAGAGUGUUUGCCCCGGCGUGGUCUCUUGUGCCGAUAUCUUGGCCAUUGCCGCUAGGGAUUCCGUCAACAUUCUUGGCGGGCCCAAUUGGGAUGUAAAGCUUGGAAGAAGAGACUCCAGGACAGCUAACUUCAGUGCAGCAAACACUGCCCAACCUUCUGGCCUUCCUUCACCACUAUCAAACCUCUCUGCCCUUAUCGCGAAUUUCCAGAACCACGGCCUUUCGGUCAAGGAUCUCGUGACCCUCUCUGGCGCUCACACUAUCGGGAAAGCAAGAUGUCCCACCUUCCGGGCCCACAUAUACAACGACACCAAUGUGGACAAGGCGUUCGCGAAGAACCUACAGUCCAUAUGCCCGUCGGCCUCCGGAUCGAAUGACACCAGCCUGGCGAAUUUGGAUAUAUGGACCCCCACGAUGUUCGACAAUCACUAUUACGUGGACCUCGUUUACAAGAAGGGGCUCCUCCACUCGGACCAAGAAUUGUUCAAUGGUAACCAGACGACCGCAGAUCAUGUUUACAACUACUAUACUAAUCCCUAUGCGUUUGCCACGGAUUUCGCAAAUGCGAUGGUCAAAAUGGGGGACAUGAAGCCGUUGACCGGGUCGAAUGGGGAGAUCAGGAGAAACUGCAGGCGGGUGAAUUAG